GCCUAAGUUUGCGCGGACUGUGCAUUCCUCCCAACCACCCAAUCCGUUUACGCGCAGCAAAGCUUUCUGGUAGCGAUAAUUGUUUUUGUGUUGCAAUCCAAGCUUAGAUCCACUUGAAGCCAAGGCUACCGCCGAUACCCAAUCCGUCUACGCGCAAACGCGCCUGCCCUCCGAUGCAUAUAUGAAUAAGUUGAGAACUCCGACGCGCGACACCAAGCCGAGUCUCCUACGCGCCAGAACUUGUUCGGCCUGCAAAUCUUGCAGAAUGUCAAAGUCACACGGCCCGCAGGUUGAGGCUGGGCCUGAGGUGCCCGAGGUGGAUACAGAGCAACUCGGCUUCAAAGUGCUCAAGCAGGGAAAACAAGGCCCCAAAAAGGUCAAGAUACUGCCCCGCCCAUGGCCUGUCGAUGCUCUGCCUCCUGCCUCUGCGAACCUGCUCUCCGUCGCAUCCAAGCCCGGCCUGCUCGCUGCUGCUGGCCCCAACAUCCUCGUCAUCGCAUCUACCGACGCCGUGCGCAACGCCUUCCAGAACAAGACAACAGCCGACGAGAUCGAGAAUGCCGAUGAUCCUCGCCUGGACGAGCGCGACAUUGACGUUGUCGCAGACUUCACCCCCGACGUGACCAUCUCCACCCCCAACCUCCGCCAUGUCGUCUUUUCUGCCAAUGGAGACUUUCUUGCCGUCGCCGCUGAAGAGAGGCCCACACUGCACAUAUACGACGUUGCGGCCGUUGUCGGCGCCGGGAAAAAAGAUGCGUCGAUAGACAUCGACACCGAUUCUACAGUACGCGCCCUUCUACCGAACCCCGUCCCCGAAACCGAACAGUACUUCGCAACGGUCACCGACGCUGGGAAACUCAUGACGUUCGACGUGGCAAGCGGCAACAGGAUGACUCUUCGUGAAUCCGGCGUCACCUGCGCCGCCUGGAGCGCACGAGGCAAGGCUUUGGUUUCUGGUUCCACCGACGGUAGCUGCGACAUACACAUGGCCAAUGGAGACCUCAAGGGAACCAUUCCACGCGCUCCAGACGUGGAUGAGACCUACGAGGUAUCUGGCGUGACAUGGUUGAAAACAGAGGAGUUUGUCGUUGUAUACUCGCUCAUCAAACAAGAGGACGAAGAGAACCCAGAGCCAAAAAAGAUCAGUGUCAUCACAUCGGCCAAGGGCUGGGGAUCCUUUACAUAUAAUGCAUUUCCUUGGGAUCCCUUCUUUGAGGCUGCCGAAGCGCCACGUCGGCCACUCCCUGCGCGCAUGUCCUUUACUCGACUGCGAAACUGGAAGCCCGAUCUUAACGACAUGCUCAUCAUUACAACCUCACACGCAGAUACGAUUGGCAUACUCGCCUCGACGAGCAACAAAAUCUCUCCCAACCAGGAAGUUUGCAACGAACCCAUGUGGAUUAGCAUCGACGACGCAAAGAAGGCGGCUGUGCCACGAACCGUAUAUGGUAAGGACAUGGACAGUGUACUCAUAGGUGAGGCGCUUGAUCUGUCGAGCAAGGAGAAGAUUCUGCGCCCAAUUGCCGCUUUGGAGGAAAUCAACGAGGCUCCUUGGCCCUUACCUGCCUACGUCACUCUUACUCACGAGGGUCUCCUUGCUGCCUGGUGGGUCAUGUGGGAUAAGUCUAUCGAGGCGGGUGAGCGCUACCCCGACUUGAUUUUCAACAGUGAAGCGACAAAGUUGGGUUCCUCUACUUCUGCUGCUACUCCGUCCAAGCUCCCAGUCGCCACUACCGCAUUCGGAAGAAGUGCAAACGGAACACCACACACUCCAGCAGGCUCCAUUUCUCUUGGUCGCUCCAACACGCCCGGAACUUCUUCUAUUCCCCAAUUUAGCCAUAAUCACAAUCACAAUCACAGCCACGCCACAUCUGGAUCCCCAACACCUGCCCUCAUGAGACCUACACCGCCAGGCUUCGGGACCCCCGGAUACGGCACUCCCAGUAGCAGCAACAUACCUACUCCCACGUUCGGUAAGCCAGCGCAACCGGCCUUUGGCGCACCGUCGUCCAUGGGCACUGCUGCACCACCAGCUUUUGGCGCACCCUCUGCGGUAGGCGCCGCUUCAAAGCCAGCCUUUGGCGCGCCUUCUGCAGUUGGUGCUGCAGGCGGCUUUGGAUUUGGAAAUGCGGGUGGCAUGGGUAGCAAACAGUCUCCAUGGGGCGCAUCCGCGCCUACCUCUGAUGCCAAGGCCAACCCUUUUUCGGCAGCUGCAGGAACAUCGUCUGGGUUUGCCAAAUUUGGACAGACUGGAGGGGCCUCGUCGUUUUCGAACUUUGGAACCAAUUCGUCUGUGACGGCAGAGUCUGGGUUUGCUGCUCUCGGGCAGAGCCAACAAAAUUCUACUCAGGGCACUUCGGGCUUUGCGGCACUUGGCGGCCAGCAAAAUCCUACCCAGGGAGCGUCUGGUUUUGCGGCUCUUGGACAGGGUCAGCAGAAAUCUGGCUUCUCGGGUCUGUCAAAAGAGCCAAGCUUUGGUUCCACGGUCACCGUAGCUUCUGCCAAUGGAUCAUCACUACAGGGUAGCUCAAUCUUCGGACAGCAGAACAAGUCUUCAUUCAACACAGCUUCCUUCGAGUCGAAGACGUCUGAUACGAGUGAAGCAGAUGCUGCUCGGAAGCGGGACGAGGCUACACCGACACCCCAAGCUCCGGCAUCGCAAGGCAUGUUUGGUCUCGAAGGCGGCUUCAAGCUUGGUACCACAUUCGCCAGUGAUGGUACCGCCAAGGACGACCUUGCAAAGCCUGCCGCUCCCACAAACGGCUCGUUCUUCGGUAGCGACUUUUCGAAUAUGCUUGGUAAGACAGGAAUGAAGCCGCCGGCUACUCCUGCUAGUGAAUUUCCCCCAGAGUAUGCUUCCACCACGCCAGCAUCUCCGCCAAAGUCAAAGACACUGUUCCCAAGUGACACACCUGCUAAAGGAAGUGCGACCCCCAAGGCAGCACCUCCGGUUCAGGAGCCAGAUGACGCACCUCUUCCACCAGACUUUACCAAAGUGAAACCUUCAAAGACCGAGGAUGGACCCCUUCCACCUGAUCCCAUCGAUACAAAGCUGGCACAGUCGGCCGAUGAUGAUCUGCCCCCUCUUGCUGGCAGCCCGGGUGUCGAGGUUGAAGCUCCCAGCUCAUCGGUCGAGGCGUCCCCGAUUGACAACGGAGAAGAGGACGAGGAUGAAGAUGAAUUCUCAGAGGAUGAUGAGGAGGAGGAAGACGAAGAUGACGAAGAGGCAGAUGAGACGUAUCCACCGAACCGUGCUUCAAAACCACACACUCAACCACCGCGCUUCUUUCCUCCUGCAUCAACUCCUCCUGUCUUGAAGUCUGCUUCUCGAAUUCAUCGGGAACCGCUAGUCGCACCUGGUGCAUCGUUGAGCUCUUCCAUCCAAGGUUCUGGCCCACCUACGCCACAGCUCGAAGACGAAGAAGACGAGCGUAUGCGGGCACAACUUGCGCAGCCAAUCGAGCCUAGUCGGGAUCUCGAGGAGUUUGUAGCAUACCAGAAUUACACCGGCGGUAAAUCGCCUAGCAAGACUGGCCAUGCUGCUCAAAUUGAGAUGAUUUACAAAGACAUUAACGGAAUGAUCGAUGCGCUUGGCUGGAACGCACGGUCUCUCAAGUCUUUCACGCAAUACCACCAACAGCCUCGGCCCGGCCACAAAAUCGACCGGAGCGUACUGGAGCGUGCUCAGCAUGAGGGGCACCAUGGUCCGUGGUUCGAUGACUUUACACUGUGCGAGAUCAAGGCGUUGAGGUCUCUCGAGGAGGAUCUGGAACAAGAGCUUGACGAUGGCAGACUACAAGGAGUGCUUGAUAAGCUCACACAAAUUAGCCGUUUGCUUCGCGAUAAGGCCAAGCUUUUGACCCGUCUCAAUGAUGUCCGUCGCGAAAUCAUCAAUCGCAAGGACCCGGCAAAGGCAGAAGCACUUCGCAAAGCACCCUUGCCAAAGGAACUUGCCGAUGGCCAGAAGGCUCUUCGCAACGACUAUGCCCAGCUACUGACACUGCUCCGCAAGGCUGAAGAUGCCGUGGCAGUCCUCCGCUCACGCCUGGCUACACACAGUGCUCAAAGCGGCAACACUAAGAACGUCCCGACCAUGGGAAACGUCAGGAAAACAGUUCUCAAACUUGCCGACUUGGCCGAGCGCAAGAACAACGAAAUCCUCAUCUUUGAGGCCGAGCUGCGCAGAAUGGGCCUUGCAGACUCCAGUCGCCCAUCCUCGCGUGCAUCCUCUUCCCGCAAUGCCGGUACGCCGCGGCCCUCGCGCGGCACCAGUCUCCGCAACAGCAUCGCCGAUAACACACCGUAUCUCACCCCGCCCACCAACCGUACCAGGAUGACGCUAAGCGAAGUUAACCGGCGCGCUCUAACACCAGACGUCGAGGCUACGCCAACACCCGGCAAGGGCUACGGUCUCUUUUACACGCCAGAGGGUAGUCCGUCAUCCGGCAAAGGCAUGGAAGUCAGCCGUCUGGGUGAUUUGGUAGAUGAGCACAUGGAUACUCUGAGGGAGACGGCGAAGAGUCGGAAACAGGUUGCGAACGGUUUGAAGGCUGCGUUGUUGAAGCGGGGCGUCAAGGUUACCAAGGUCCAUUAA